AUGGAUCUCUGUGAGUUCAGCAGGUCGGAACGGCGGCGUUCCACAUACAAUGGAGGUACGGCGAGAUGGAGCGAAGUGUGGGGCUCUAUCAAACAUGUCACUGGAGACAAAGCACACACUCCCUGGCUCUCUCUGUGGCAGAGUUGUUAUAACUCGCUUUAUCCUGACUAAACCUACAGAAAAACAGUUUGCUAAUUACCAUCAAGAGUAAUGACAGCUUGUAUGUACAGGUGGCAUGUCUAAAGUCAUUUCCAACCAGAACUAUUGAUUUAGAGACACACAGCAACUGAGGUCCCAGCCUGUAGUCUCUAGCCUGUAGCUUUAGUCCUGUGACAUCUGCCACACUACUAGACCAUGUGACCUGGGAGACAAACAGUUAGAUGAAUUGCUUUUGUUUGGGAGGUUACUGACUUUUCUCCGUCCGCCUACCGCCCACCGCAACACAGAUACAAAACAGCCACACACUGGCCAAGUAUCUGAGCAACAUAAGUAAAGUAACAAACAAACAGUUGUCUUUGUGUUUUUCCCCACAAACAUUUAUCUUUGUCGGCUGGUGAGUGAUUCUAGAAAUGGGAGGCAUGCGUCUUUCUCUCUCUUUUUCCUGGAAGAAAUUAGUUGAAUAAUAUCCUUUCCUAAAGUAAAUGUGCCUACAUAUCAUCUGUGGUAUAAUAACACACGCAAGUCUAGAUGGCAAAAACACACUUUCUUAAAGUGGAUAGGAUGCUAGCUGGUCUUUUCACUGGUCUUUUCCAAACUGCUCUUAGCUCAGAGUUAAAAAAGGGUCAGAUAUUUAAUUCAGCAAAAAGGCAAAUCCACUGUUGUUGCGGUUCUGGCGGGACUAAAGAGGGGAGGGUGUAUGAGGGUGAGCGCGAGGUAAAGACGUUGAAUAGCUAGACCACACAACGUGUUUUAAGGUCUUACUUUUCAUCCCCUUUCUUCCUCUCAGUCACUCUUUCUCUUAUUUUCUGAUCGGAGAAGGCAUUACCCUGUCCGAAGUCCCCCUAAAACCUUGUGGUCACACCUCUUAUUACAGUGGGUUUUGUCCCACGCCCUAAACCCCCCUCCGCUGCUCGGGUCAGCAGAUUCCAGCACACCCCACCAUGGCUACCCUUUUUAAUUUGCACCUGUUGCGCAGUUGUCUGGGAGGCAAGUGCCGAACCAUACAGUCAGACAAAGAUCAUAUUAUGAACAAAUAUGCAAAGCCUAAUCUCGAUGUACCCAAAGGGGAAAAGUGAAAAAAAAUGUAUUUUCUAUUCUCUUCCAUGGGAACGUGUGUGGGAAAUGGAAUGGUAUGUUGUUAGGAUGUAAAGGUUUAUGGUUUCGAAAAACUGUUGAGGGGAACCAAAUAAUAUCCCCAAACAAGCAAUUUACUUUCUCUUUUGGGCCUAUGACUGUUUUUCUCAUGCACCUUUAUCAGAGUAUUUUUCCGCUACACCAAAGCGGACAUAUUUAUAGGUUACCCUGAAGGCCCUUGAGUUCAGCCUGAAUCAAAAUCAACCACUUGUUUUGUAUCAAUGUUCAGGGAUGUAGUAUUACAAGCUGUCCAUUUGGUUCCUAGGUUGUCUGCGGUGUAUAAAAAGCUCCCGAAAGUUUUCAAAGCAGGAAUGUGACUUUUCUCAUUUCUCCUUUCUACCACCAGAGCCGAGUUAGGCGGAUGUUGUUUUAGAAACCUAACAGCGUCUCUUUGUUUGUGUCUUGCAGUGCUGAACUAUGAGAAUGUGGUGGAGAUGGGCUCCGAGACAGACGAGGAUGACAGGACGCUGCUCUCAGAGGAGAACGGCCUGACCAAUGGGGAGGAGGGUGGCAGCCCUCCCGGAGCCGGCGUGCCCAACCUGGAGGCGUCACCCAGGGUGGGCCACGCCCUGCUGUCCUACAGGGGUGGAGCAGAGGGGUCAGAGGGCAGGGACGGGCGGCAGAGCCACCACCAUGCCUGGCGCCUCGGAGACGACCCACACAGACACCUCAAUGGGACUGGUAAGUGAUCUGAUCAGUUCAAUACCUGCACAACAUAAAUCAGUAGCCUAUAUCAAUCCAAUGCAUUUAUAUAGCCCUUUUUACAUCAGCAGUUGUCACAAAGUGCUUUGACAGGAGAUCAAUCAACACACUUCACUGAUGUAAAUCAAUUACAGAACUCAUAAUAAUACAGUAUAUUCACCUCUUCAGUUUAUGCUAAAACAGCUGGAGCCUUGGAAGUGGCUUUGUUCUAUACUCUGUCUAUUUUUUCAAUUUCCGGAUCUCUGUGAGGUUGACAGGAGAUUGUAGAGAUUAACAUAGUGCUCUAUUCUAGUGAGACGUAUUGCUGCUGAAAUACAGUCAGCACUUUAGCUGCUUCACAGGCUCACGUCGCAAAACCACCUCCCUCCCUCCCUCCCUCCCUCCCUCCCUCCCUCCCAUACUCAUCGCUGUAUGACUGUUCACACCAUCACCUCUGAGCUUUCACCGUUCUCCCUCCCCUCUUUUCUCUCCUUCUCUCUCUUGUAAAAGCCUUUCAUUCUCAUUGACCCAUAAUUGUAACCCUGCAUAUAUUUAUGAAAACAACCUGAUAUAAAAGUCCUUAUAAUUAGACUCAGUUUAGUGGGCUGUAGCCAAAAGCCUCCUUAUAAGCAAGAGAGAAGAGGCAGAGAGAGAGAGAGAAGAGCAGAGAGAAAGAGAGAGAAGAGAGCGAGAGAGGAGAUAGAGAGCGGCAGAGACAGAGAAGAGAGCGAGAGAAACGAGAGUAUCGUAGAGAGAGAAAGCGAAGAGAAGAGAGAGACGAAGAGAAGAGAGAGAGCAUGGCGCUCGAGGCUAGAUCUAGUCGCGAGAUGAUAUCGUAUAUCUCGAUAUACCUUAGCUCUCUCUCAUCAGCUCUUCUACUCUCUAUCUCUCUCUACUCUCUCUCUCUCUCUCUUCCUUCUCCCUUCCCUUCUCCCCCGCCUAUGCAUCAGUUUAGGACACCCCGGGCGGCAAAGGACAAAUACUUUUAAUUAGAAGCCACGCGGGGUUGUUAAGAGGGGAGCCAGGUUUUUGCAGGACUCAUUAACAGCCCUAAAGGAAAUGUGGCGCUUUAUGACGGCCAUCUACAUGCACACUAGGCCCACCAUUCUAGGGCCGCCUGACAGAUACAAAGGGCUCAUGCGAGACACCCAGUUUAAAAAAAAAGAAAAAUGGACCAGCAUCGACUAUCCGUCUCUGUUAAUGACUUGGUGGCGAGCUGCGCUGCUGAAUUGGGAAAUAGGAGGGACUGGGAAGGAGUUUUAGAAAAUUUGAACCCGGUCCAAAACGAAAUGUAAAUGAAAAGAGCCUUGUGGGGAGCUUAUGUAUAUGUUAUCAUUAUUAUCAUGAUCAUUAUAAGAAAGCUGUAAAAUAAAUCAAUGCCAGGUUAACACAUCUGCUACAAUCCGUUAUAGCUAAUGCUAACCUAGCUAUUUGUUAAGUGGUUUGAUUUUAAUUCAACUGGCAUUUGACAUUUAUAUGUAAACUGAUGAAUAUUCAUUUCACUCAUGCAACAGAUGUAAAAGACUUGGGUGUCACUUCAACGUACUGAAAAAGAUGAGCAGUCCUGAGAUGUGGCAGUUUGAGUCACAUCGAGAAAUCAGAAAAUAACUGAAAUGCUAAUUUACUGUACCCACCAUCUUGCCUCUUCCUCUCUAGGAAAAAAGACUACUGAGUGAAAAACACAGAGACUCCAUUUUAUAUUUCAUAUUUCAUAUACAGUGCAAGCGUAGUGAAGGAGGGGCCUACUGAAAAUAGAAUGACACUUGAGUACAGUGUCUAGAUUCUACGACAGUGGCACCAGGGCGUGACUCACAUGCCUUUGUCCUUACUCUGAGCCAUGGAACCCACAAAAAGCCCCAUGUUGGCUGAAUGAAACUCAUUCUAAAAAGUCUGGCAGUGAACCUGAAGUUGAGGCGAAGGGAAGCAACAAUGCUUUCCCCAUCAGAAGAGGCAUGCAUUUGUGCAGUUAUUCUCUGAAACAUGCAGCACCACUAUUUCUAUCUGUGUGGUGCAUGGGGGGAAACGUUGUAGGGAAAAGGGUGAGACCUCGCUUCUUGAUUAUAUUUAAUCUUCGAAUUAUGAUAAAUAAAAUAGUUUUCAUCCACAUUAUUUAGGAAUUUAAGUAGGAAAACUAGCUUCUAAUUUCCAGACAUUCUACCUUCAACCUUUUACUCUUUUGGACCACAAAGUUUGUGCCAAUGGACUAUAAACAUUGGUCCUAUGUUGACAUGUUCUCAAUAGGUUGUGUAUAGUACCUUGUGACUCCUUUGACUCAUAGCAAGACUAUUUUGGUGUAAAAAAGCACAGCAUCAGGUUCCUGUUUGACACUCAUUGCUCAUGAGGAAGGAAGUUUUGAAAAGUAACCUGCUGUAAAUGAAAAAGGGGGGAGAUGGGGGGGGGGGAGUCUGUUCUCUUGUCGUCGUCCCCCCCCCCUCUGCUGCAGCAGGCAGGCGUGUUGUAUAUCCCUCCUUUGAAGAGAGGAAGCGUAUGAUUCUUGUGACUCCUGUGGAGGAGUCACAUGAGUGGGGCCAGGAGGAACAAACACAAUGGGCACAGUAUAUGUACACCCCUCGACCUGCCUAUCCCUCAUUAUCUGGAGAAAAAAAAACAUUCAUAUUACGAGCCGUGGCUGAAUGGAAAGAGAUACUUAACUGAAUUGUCAGGCUAGCAUGCGCCAUGUGCAUUCCUGUUGACUUUGCCUCGAGUGUUGAACCAUGGUCAUACUUGAGUUUAUUGAGUGCUGUGUUAGCCACAGUUGAUUGUCUGAUUUGAAGCCUUUCUCUCCUCUCCUUCAUAGAUGAAAGGAAGGACGAAUAUGAUCCCUUGGGGCCAGAGGGGUCUCUUCACGCUGUAGGAAAUGGUACAGGUGACUUCCACCCUCUUUAACAGGAACCACCAUAUUUACUAUAACUCCCCCGUUCCACCAUAAAAACCCAAACGGCAACACACUAGGAAGAGACAUGAUUAUAACCCUUUGCAGCAGGUGAUAUACCUAAUAGGAAAGACACACACACACACAGUCAAGGGCCAUGAGAGAUAAUGUUCCUCCUCGUGCAUCAAAGCGAGGGAAAGCAAAGGAAACAUUUGCGGGUUGAGUGAGAGUGCAGCGCAAAUCACAUCUUGCUGCAAAAUUGAGUUUUGACCUAAAUCUCAUUUGUUUGAUUAAUGUACUUUUAAAUUGGUUUACAACGAGACAAUAACAUGUUAGUUUGUCCUUGCAGUGAAUCACAAUAUCUUUGCAAUUGACCGUUUUUAUCAACACAACCUUGCCUAGAGUAACUUCAAGGGAUCCAAGCCGCUUCGGGAAAGUUCAGUGUCCUUCGUUUUAAGGAUAUUUUCAACAACAAAAAUAUACACAGAAUCUGUGUCACAGCUGCGCACAACACACAAGCCAAUAGCAAACAGUAAUGAUCCUAAGACAAAUAAAUGUAGCUACCCUAACUUUCCUGAUUUGUUAAAUCAGCUGAUGAAUGCAUUAGACACCUGAUAUACCAUUAUGCCUGCACUGACUGUUAAGCAGACAUAGCCCUACAUUUACUUACUCAUAAUCAAAUCUCUGCUUUAAAUUAUGUAGAGAGAGAGAAUUCUAAGUGAGAUCUGUAAACCCAGAAAAUCUAAUUGCAACCUAAACCAAUUACCUGUUACACUAGGAAAUAUUUAAGUUAAAAUGUCUAAAAGCUUUAAGAUGGGUUGCGAACAUCACUUAAUGAUGAAAUUAUCUCUUAUUUUUCUAUGUAGAAGCCAUUACAUGACAUCAUUAAUGGUAACAUAGAUGUAUACUCCCCUCUAAGUAGUUGCUUAAUGAUUCCCUCCCUCGGUGUCCUUCAUCACAUUUAGAGACCAGUCUGUUUCCCUGUGGCCAAUAUAAUGGAGCUGUGCAGCACAUCUCAAAAUGGGGCAAGGAGGAUGGAGACUGACCAAUGUUUUAAUUUGUCUUCCUCUCUCUUCUUCUCUACCUCCACCUCUCCUCCUCCUCCUCCUCCUCCUCCUCCUCCUCCUCCUCCUCCUCAUCCUCCUCAUCCUCUUCCUCUUAUACAGUCAGUAGUAUGGAUGGGGUGUCGGAGGUUGACGACUACUUCACUAAGUGUAGUAAACUGGAGGAGAGUGACGGCCACUCGGCCAACAUCGCUGAGUACCUCCAGCGUGGCGACACCGCCAUCAUUUACCCAGAAGCCCCAGAGGAAGUAGCACGACUCGGAACUCCCGAGACCAUUGGGCAAGACGAAAACGAAAAUGGUGAGAAUCCAGAAAAUCCAUUUGACGGACUAUUUGCAGUCUCAGGAACUGCGUUAUAGGCCUACCACGUCUAUGCCUUUGUCCUCAGUAGUGUUACUGAGUGACUUUCAUGGGUAGUGUGUGUUUAAGUAUAAGCUGAAGCUGACUACAUAGACAACUACAUACAACUUCCUCCGUUUACAACCUGGGCAUGCUGCCCAUCAGGGUCUACUAGCCGACCUUAUGACCUCUCCUCCUCCUUCUUUCCCCUGUACAGACCUGUCACCUGGGACUCCAGAUGCUUUCGCCCAACUGUUGACCUGUCCUUACUGCGACCGGGGCUACAAGCGGCUGACAUCGCUCAAGGAGCACAUCAAGUACCGCCACGAGAAGAAUGAGGAGAGCGUGGCCUGCCCCCUGCGCAGCGAGACCUUCUCCCACCGCACACAGCUGGAGAGACAUAUGGCCAUGAACAUGCCAGGGAGAGAUCAGGUAAGACAGACAGACGGACAGACAGACAGACAGACAGACAGACAGACAGACAGACAGACAGACAGACAGACAGACAGACAGACAGACAGACAGACAGACAGACAGACAGACAGACAGACAGACAGACAGACAGACAUGCAGGCAGACAGGCAGGCAGGCAGGCAGACAGGAAGGCAGACAGACAGACAGACAGACAGACAGACAGACAGACAGACAGACAGACAGACAGACAGACAGACAGACAAACAAAUAGACAGGUGUGUUUAUUAUUCUGGUUAUCUUCUCCUCUUAAUCUCCUCUUUUCUUUCCUCAUCUGAUCUGAUCUCCUUCACACUCUGUUGUGUCGUUCGGUGGGUUGACCAACAAUCUGGGUGAAACACACAGUAUCAUUUUAGCUCACUGCCCUUCACUCAUUUAUUUUUCCUUUUAAGAUUUUUGUUCAUUAUAAUGACUUUAAUGGCUUCCUCAUGGUGACUCUUCUGCAUGGAGAAUCAUAUUCUCUUGAGUGAAUUAGCAUUCUCCUUUCUUCUUCCUGUCAUCCUCUACUCCUCUCACAUUAAACAAGUUACUACUGAGGUCUAGUUCUUUAAAAAAUCAGACCACGCACUGCUUCAGACCACGCACUGCUUCAGACCACGCACUGCUUCAGACCACGCACUGCUUCAGACCACGCACUGCUUCAGACCCCGCACUGCUUCAGACCCACGCACUGCUUCAGACCACGCACUGCUUCCGACCACGCACUGCUUCAGACCACGCACUUGCUUCAACCACCGCCACUGCUUUCAGACCCCUGCACUGCUUCAGACCACGCACUGCUUCAGACCACGCACUGCUUCAGACCCCGCACUGCUUCAGACCCCGCACUGCUUCAGACCCCUGCACUGCUUCAGACCACGCACUGCUUCAGACCACGCACUGCUUGUUCACAGCUGCAUUGUGUUGCGCUCCACCAUGCAUCUUCCUUCAGUGAGUCCUGCGUGGGAUGUGCUAGCAUAUUGCCUUCCUCAGGCCAUAUGACUUUUUACAUCAGCUGUUGCUAGAAAUGGACCAGAUUUGAUUAGACAUUAGCACUCAUAGAUAUUGCUAGAUAUAUGGACAAUUUCCUAUGGAUCAAUACGCAGUGAUAAGCAGUGCUUUCGCUGAGCAUAGCAUUUAUUAUAUACCAGUUUUGUAGGAUUUGCUGCUACUGUUUAUUAUCUGUGACUUUAUUCCUAGUUAUAUGUACGUCUACCUCAAUUACCUUGUACCCCUGCACAUUGACUCGAUAUCUGGUACCACAUUUAUCAUUACUUGUUUUUUUAUUUCUCUAUUUUCUUUCUGUCUGCGUUGUUGGGAAGGGCCCGUCAGUAAGCGUUUCACUGUUAGUCUACACCUGUUGUUUACCAAGCAUGUGACGGAUAAAAUGUAAUUAAAUUUGUAUUUAGAUUUUAACCAGGGAAUCAGUACAAGUACAACCAUUUACAACCUGCCAUUUGUAAACAUAAAGACCAAAAACCAAAAGUGUAGGCCUUUUUUCUGUCCUAAAACCGAACCUACAACUGUCUCUUAUGACAGACCAGGCAAAUAAGCAGUGGAAUCAUUACAAUUUUCCAAUUAUAGUGGUGAUUAUAAUUAGAUUUCCUUAAUUAAGCACCCCCCCCUUCCUCCCCAAGUCCCCCUCCACCCCCUCACCUGAACCCCUCCCCCUUCUCCUCUCCCCCUUCAGACUGGCUUAAAAACGACCAGAUGUUUUUUCCCCAGUGAUCUGGAGUAUCAUAAUCCUCAAAUGACUUAAGUGUUUGUUUAGUUAUGUACUUCCUCUCCAGUUAAAAGAGUUAAAGGAAGGAUCUUCAUGGAAGGUCAUUAUGACUAGGCUACCUUAGUGCACCGGACUAUGGAGGGAUUCAGAUUUGAGUCCUAUUGGUGCAAACGUGUGAAUUGUGCUACUCUGCUUAUCCUCUGUGUGACUAGAGCAGUGGAAUCUAUUUUUAGCAUGGGGUAAACUGUUCAUACAUUUGGUUAUGAAGGCACAUCAUUCAUUGGCUCCAUUUUUCAGAUCGCUAGCAUUUUUACAAUGUAACCCUAAUCACAUGCUCUGACCUGAAAUGUCACCUGGCCUUAGGAAUGCCUUAACUCCACACAUACACAAUCAUACACACACAAUAACACACAUCUUAUUUAUAGAAUCCUCAGCAAGCAUUAGCGAAAAGGGAUUUUUUGUAAUUGAAAAUGUACCAUGCAAACCUCCCACAUCUUUCUCAUGAAGUUCUUUGUGGGGGCUUUAUCUCUCUACAUAUUAUUUUUGUUUGUUAUCUGCACUCAUUUGAAUUUCAGGAAAUGCAGGAAAUGCACCUACACUAAACAGUUACCUUUGAACAGAACACGAAAACUCAACCCACACACUAUUCUAGAAAUCGGUUGAUGAGUUGCUUGCGCGCUUCAUCAUUUUAAUUAAACCAUUUCGGAUGUAAAACCCUAAAAAAUACUUAUGUAGUUAGAUGUAGUUAACGUUCGUGACGGAGUGUUAUUGUGUUGCAAAGUAGCCUACCGUUGAAGCUAAGACAAAUUCAUUACAUUCCUUCUCAAGGCCAGCUACCUUGAAAUCUCCCCCAGUGCCUGGUUCAUUUGUGACUCCCACUCUUAGACAACACGUUUAGGUGGCAUUGAUGUGAAAACUCUAUCUUCUAUCUCCUCCACAGCCCCAGCUGCUGAGUGAAGGGGCCGGCAACCGCAAGUUCAAAUGCACUGAGUGUGGAAAAGCCUUCAAAUACAAGCAUCACUUGAAGGAGCAUCUCCGCAUUCACAGCGGUAGGUACUAAGCUGAGUCAAGCUGGCAUCAGCCCACCAUUUUAAAAUGUAUUCAUGUGACUGUGGCUAGAUGACAGAGAGGGCGCAUGCCAUAAGAGUAAAAUUGAUAAUGUUCCUUUUUGGCCUCUGUCAGUAAAUGAGUCAUUCUGUUUUAUAAUAGCUCACUGUUUCAGACCUGUUUCAUAAGUGACUAAUUCCGCCAUAUGGAUGAGGCCACAGCUCAAGAAGACGAGAGUUGAAUAGACCUAUCAUAGAAAUGCUAAUUUUCACACUGAAAGAAAUCUUCAGCUAUUUCACUACCAGCCAAGUGCAAGUAUUCAAAAUGGAGUAACUUGAAAUUCAUGUACUUGUUUAUCGUUUACAGGUGAGAAACCAUACGAGUGCUCCAACUGCAAGAAGCGGUUCUCUCACUCCGGCUCCUACAGUUCCCACAUCAGCAGCAAGAAGUGCAUCGGUCUGAUCUCCGUCAACGGACGAGUACGUAACGGAGGAGGCAACACCAAGGCUGGCUCCUCCCCUAACUCCACCGCCUCCUCCCCGGGAAGCCCCGCCCUGGCUCUGCUCCGCCACAAGCUGGAGAACGGCCGCCCCAUGGGCCCCCAAGACCAGCAGGGUCACCUGGACAUCAAGGCAGAGCCAAUGGACUUCAACGACUACCGGCUACUGAUGGCCUCCCAGUAUAGCGUUGGCGGGCCAGGGGGCUACAUGAAUGGAGCCGGCGGAGGAGGCAGCCCCCUGGGGGUCCACAGCUCAUCCCAGAGCCCCCUGCAGCACCUGGGUGGGAUGGGGUUGGACCUGCCCCUGCUGGGCUAUGGGUCCCUGGGGAACAACCUGAGCGAGGUGCAGAAGGUCCUCCAGAUCGUGGACAACACAGUGUGUCGGCAGAAGAUGGAUGGGAACCCGGAGGAGAUCUCCAAGCUCAGGGCCUAUAUGAAGGAGCUGGGGGCUCAGAUGGAGGAGCAGAAGCUGGCCGUGUCCUCCCCGCAUGCUGGCUUCCAGGUGGUGGGCCAAGGCAGCCCCACCAAGAGCAUAAUCGACUACACCCUGGAGAAGGUGAACGAGGCCAAAAGCCUGAUUGACGACUCCAAGAGGCAGAUCAACAUGGACAUCAAGAAGGAGAGGCUCAACCACUCGGCGGAUCAUGUGGACAAGUCGCACCAUGAGAGCCACCAGGUUCCAUUCUUGCCGUUCUCCUGCCAGUUCUGCAAGGAGACCUUCCCAGGGCCCAUCCCACUGCACCAGCAUGAGCGCUACCUGUGUAAGAAGAACGAGGAGAUCAACCACCUCCAACCCAGCGAGGACGUGUCUCUCAGCCGCAGGGGAGUGUUCCCCUCAGAGCAGCAGGCCACCUUGCUAUCCUCUCUUUCAGAGAGGUGCGCCACCAGCCCCGUCAACCCCUUUAUGAACCACGUGUCAGUGCUCAAGGCCUACUUUGCCAUGAACACGGAACCCAACUCAGAGGAGUUGCUGAAGAUCUCCAUCGCAGUCGGCCUACCGCAGGAGUUCGUCAAGGAGUGGUUCUCCCAGUGGAAGAAUCAGCAGCAACAACAAUACAACAACGGCAAUGCCAACCCCAGGAAGCGGUCGCUGCCGUCAGAGCGGAGCAGUCCAGAGGAGCGCAAGCAGCACAGGCUAGCCAGGUCACCAAUGUCCAUGGCGCAACACGUGGACCGCAUCAUGACACUCCCUGAUUUACACGCCGGGAACACCAACGGUUACCGUGAUGCUCCCCACAGACACUUAGAGGCCAGCCAGUUUACAGCCAACAGGCAGAUGUGUGACAAACCACUAGACCCCUUGGACCACCUUAGAAGCAGAACUCCAUCUCCUCUCAAUCUCUCCUCCACUUCUUCUAAAAACUCCCAGAGCAGUUCGUACACUCCAAACAGCCUGGUCUCUGAAGGGGACGGCCAUGGGGGGGACGCACCGUUGGACCUUUCUUUGCCAAAACACAUGAUGAGCAAGGGCAUCUCACUGGGAGAAAAGAGGUCCAAACCAAACGGCUACAUCUCAGACUGCAACGGUGACCACCACCAUUCCAGCCAGGAGCAGGGUACUGAGCCCAUGGACUUGGCCCACAUCAAGAAGGAGUUCCUGGGCUCAGAGAGAGACAACAGAGGGAACCGUGAACACCAGAUAGAGAAGAGUGCCAGCCCCAUCUUUGGCAUCAACCCCUUCGGUGGUGGUCACAUGUACACAUCUCUGCCCACACAUGGAGCAUUCCCCCCGCCCAGCUUCAUGCAGGCCCAGGCCAGCAUCCCAGGCCUGAGGCCAUACCCAGGGCUGGAUCCAAUGAGCUUUCUGCCCCACAUGGCCUACACUUAUGCAACUGGGGCGGCUACAUUCUCUGAAAUGCAACAGAGGUCGAGGAAGUACCAACGGAAACCAGGUUUCAAGGUAAGCAAGCCCUUUUGUGGUUUUAGAUCCAUUCACUAAAGUCAAUUUUUAGAAGUUAACAAUAAACAUUUAGCCCUUUUAAAUUAGUAUCUAAUGGAUAAAGUCACACUCAACACAAAACAAAUUAAAUGUUUUAAAUUAGUUUUUAAAAAAUCUGUUAAAAUUGUGUUUUUCUCAAAUAAUUUCCUCUAAUUAGAUGAGUUUGCACUGUGGCUGUCUGUUUUGUAAAUACGUCCCCCCAAAAAAUAAAGAAAAUAAUCCACAACACAGACUUAAAAAGCCCAUAUGUUCCCUUUUUACUGUCUCCUGUCCUGGGCAGUAAGAGGGGGUCACAGGUCACACGGAUCGACGACUAAGCCCUGUCCAGACUUGGGAUCAAACUAAGAGCAGAGGUGUCUUUGUUUAGGUGACAGGUGUGGGCUACUUACAAAGUAUUGAACAGUCUGCCUCUCUCAUCUCAUAGGGGGAGCUACUGGAUGGCACUGCGGACUAUCUGUCAGGCCUGGAGGACCUGACAGACGAAUCGCUCCUCUCCCGGAAGAAGAUUAAGAAGACAGAAAGUGGUAUGUACGCGUGUGACUUGUGCGACAAAACAUUCCAGAAGACCAGUUCCCUCCUAAGACACAAAUAUGAACACACAGGUAUAUAACAUUCGAACACUUCUUUUUUACCCCACCUUUGUGCCAGUCCCCCGCCAUGUUUUGUGUCAUUGAAAGCUUUUUCAGAUUUAAAAUCUUUUUACUUCAUCCUCUCUUUUUUCGUUCUAGAUCAAAUCGUUUUUUCCACCAAUGUUAAUUCUUCUUUUCUCUCUUCUCUUUCACAUCAUUUACAUUCUAUGUGUUCAGAUCCAUGACCUUUAACAUGCUCCUUUCUUAUUGACAGGGGUUAGGGAAUAGUGGGAUGUUUGGAUAUGAAAGGGGUUACAUAAACAUUCAGUAAAGUAGAAGUGAGCAUCAUUGCGUUCAUCACAGACACCAUAGUAGUAGUCAUUCUGACUCCAGACAUUCUAAAUGACAUCAUAUGGUCUCCGGAAGUAACAGGACCAGUGGCCUUUUUGGAAACAAACGUUCUGCUUCAAGAGGGACUGUCUUUUUAAAGUUCACGCUAGUGUGUUAAGACACAGGGACAUACAGUAUAUAGACAGUGCCUUCAGUGACAGGGACAAUAAUUACUGCGUUGACCCUGGUGGUAUUUAACAGAAUGACAGGUCGAAAAGGAGGCUUGCCAGUGUGGCAUGUUUGGUUCUUUUUAAAAUUAUCUUCAAAGAUGUGACCUCUCCUCCUGGGGACUCCUCUCUUUCAGCUCCAUGAGGAAUUAUUUGUCUCCUCUAUUUUUGUCCCGCUGUAGGGGAGGUGGGGAGGGCUUCAAGUAUGCCAACUAUGGAUGACGUCGCAGGCAUUCCAAGGCUUUCUUAAGGCUAGGAAUUGCCUGUGUGUGUGCGUGCAUUCUGUUGUGUGUACUGUAUGUGUAUUGGCAUUCGUUGGAUGGGAGGCGUGUGUGCAUGUGAGUGUGGGACAUGCGCUUUGGAAGGGUGCUAUUAUAGUGCAUUCGGAAAGUAUUCAGACCCCUGGACCACAUUUUGUUACGUUACAGCCUUGGAUUCAAUUGUAUUUUUUUCCCUCAUCAAUCUACACACAAUACCCAAUAAUGACAAAACAAAAACAGUUUUUUUGAAAUAUAACAUUUACAUAAGUAUUCAGACCCUUUACUCAGUACUUUGUUGAAGCACCUUUGGCAGCAAUUACAGCCUCGAGUCUUCUUGGGGAUGACGCUACAAGCUUGGCACACCUGUAUUUGGGACAUUUCUCCCAUUCUUCUCUGCAGAUCCUCUCAAGCUCUGUCAGGUUGGAUGGGGAGCGUCGCUUUACAGCUAUUUUCAGGUCUCUCCAGAGAUGUUAGAUCGGGUUCAAGUCCGGGCUCUGGCUGGGCAACUCAAAGACAUUCAGAGACUUGUCCAGAAGCCACUCCUGCAUUGUUUUGGCUGUGUGCUUAGGGUCGUUCUCCUGUUGGAAGGUGAACCUUCGCCCCAGUCUGAGGUCCUGAGUGCUCUGGAGCAGGUUUUCAUCAAGGAUCUCUCUUUAUUUUGCUCCGUUCAUCUUCCCCUUGAUCCUGACUAGUCUCCCAGUCCUUACUGAGGAGUGGCUUCCGUCUGGCCACUCUACCAUAAAGGCCUGAUUGGUGGAGUGCUGCAGAGAUGGUUGUCCUUCUGGAAGGUUCUCCUAUCUCCACAGAGGAACUCUGGAGCUCUGUCAGAGUGACCAUCGGGUUCUUGGUCACCUCCCUGACCAAGGCCCUUCACCCCCGAUUGCUCAGUUUGGCCGGGCGGCCAGCUCUAGGAAGAGUCUCGGUGGUUCCAAACUUUUUCCAUUUAAGAAUGAAGGAGGCCACUUUGUUCCUGGGGACCAUCAAUGCUGCUGAAAUGUUUUGGUACCCUUCCCCAGAUCUGUGCCUCGACACAAUCCUGUCUCAGAGCUCUACGGACAAUUCCUUCGACCUCAUGGCUUGGUUUUUGCUCUGACAUGCACUGUCAGCUGUGGGACCUUAUAUAGACCACAGGUGGACUCCAAUCAAGUUGUAGAAACAUCUCAAGGAUGAUCAAUGGAAACAGGAUGCACCUGAGCUCAAUUUCGAGUCUCAUAGCAAAGGGUCUGAAUACUUAUGUAAAUAAGGUAUUUUUGAUUUUAAUUUUUUAUACAUUUGCAAUCAUUAUGGGGUAUUGUGUGUAGAUUGACGAGGAAGAAAAAAAAAAAAUCCAUUUUAGAAUAAGGCAGUAACGUAACAAAAUGUGGAAAAAGGGAAGGGGUCUGAAUACUUUCAGAAUGCACUGUAUAUGGGCCGAUUGAACUUGCAUAAGAGAGGCCCAUCUUUUCUAAUACAAGUCAGAUGGAAUGGAAUAUAUUUCCGGUAGCACCGCUGAGUUGUAGUAAACCUUUAGUACGAGGAACUGCAUGUUGUGGGGGCGGAGAAGGGGGAUGAAGGGGGGUGAAUGGGGGCUAGUGGUGUGAAGGUCCUCCUCCUAUAAAUAUAACCGUCACACCAUCACGGGAAGGAUGCCUAAUCCUACUCAUUUUAAUCUGGACCUAUGAUGUCAUGAGGACACACUGUCACUGGUGCCAGGCUGCUUCAGUUUCACCUUGCUUGGUGUCCGAAACACAUCUGAGUUCACUGGCUUAGCUCGCAGCUAAGUUGCAGACAACCCCAUCAUAGACUGUUUUUCUUUUUUUUUCACCUGACUCCCCCCAGUGUUUUCUAGCAGCAACUGAAAUUAGCUCUAAGGUUAGAUUUUCAACCAUAAAUUGAGGUUAAUUUUAACACUUCCUAUCAUUAUUGUGUGCUAUAAUUAUUAUAAUUAGUUUUACCAUGAAGGGAGGGAAUGAAGAAAUCCUUAUUGAUGAUAUAAAUGCUUUUACACUCAAUAUGCACUUAUGAAUGAUCAAUACAUUCUGUGUCAAGUCAGAUUAAAUUCACUCUAAUUUUGAAUGUGUACUACGUGUCUGUUCUCCUGAAUAACUGUUUAUCUUCCCUUUGUAUUUUUCUGUGUUUCUAGAGAAGGGGACCAUAGUAACACCGUAGUAACACCUUCUACCUCCCUGUCUCCUGUGUCUCUGCAGGAAAGCGACCACACCAGUGCACGAUCUGUAAGAAGGCCUUCAAACAUAAGCACCACCUCAUUGAGCACUCACGCCUGCACUCGGGCGAAAAGCCCUACCAAUGUGACAAGUGUGGCAAGCGCUUCUCUCACUCAGGCUCCUACUCCCAGCACAUGAACCACCGCUACUCCUACUGCAAGAGGGAGGCUGAGGAGAGGGAGGCGGCUGAGAGGGAGGCAGAGGAGAGGGAGGCCUGGGACAAGGGCCAGGGCCCCAUGGAGCCCACAGAGCUGCUGAUGAGGAGGGCCUACCUGCAGGGUCUGGGGCCGCUGGGCUACUCGGACCCCGAGGACCAGCCGGAGGACGGGGGCGACACCAUCCUGAGGGAUGGCACGGAAGGAGGGAUGAGGGGAGGACGAGGACAGAGGGAAGUGGACGAGACGUAUGAGGAGGUGACAGACAGACAAGAGGCGGGAAGUUUCAGGGAAGGAGAGCACGAGGGUGACGGAAGGAUGGACAUGGCGAGGGAUGAUGAGGGGAAAGUUGCGGCGCAUUCGAUGGAUGACAGUUCAACAGAAAGGAAAACAGACACCAAGUCAGACCAUUAG